UUGAAAACACCCAAUGACACCCAAGCUGAGAAUCAAUUGCUUACAGUCAAAGAAAACGGAAGAACUUCUGCAUCAAAAGCGAAAUUAUAUUAGUCAUCAGCAGAUUAGAAUGCCCUUUUUACGUCAGGCAGCUAACCAGAUUCCUGGACAUUAUUAAUAUAUAUAUUCACGAAGUAGAACUGGAGUCGUUCUCAUAUUUGUUGGCCUAAAUUUUUGAAUCAUUCAACUUAACCAAAUUUAAAUUUUGGUUGGCCUAGCUUUUAUAUUUUACAAGUUUUGAACGAAUUCAGAAAUACUGAAAAUGCCAGCUAUAAAUGGAUUUCCUGUUGGACCUAUUGGUUUUGGGUUGAUGGGGUUCACUUGGAGACCCCAGCAGACCCCUGAUGAGCAAGCGUUUGAAGCUAUGGACUAUGCUGUAGAACAUGGAGCCACCUUUUGGAACGGAGGUGAAUUCUACGGAAUGAAUCCUCCUACAGCUAAUUUGGAUUUGCUUGCUCGCUACUUUGAAAAGAGGCCAGAAAAUGCUAACAAAGUUUUUUUGUCUAUCAAAGGAGGUUUAGAUGAAACCUUGAGUCCACGGGGUGAUGAAGAGUCUGUUUGUAAAAGUGUUAGGAACGUCCUUACUCAUCUCCGCGGCACCAAGAAGCUUGACCUUUUUGAGUGUGCUCGUGUCGACCCCAACGUGCCUAUUGAGGAUACAAUGAAGACUCUCAAAAAGUUCGUCGAUGCAGGCGAGAUUGGUAGUGUCGGUCUAAGUGAAGCAUCUGCGGAAAGUAUUCGUCGUGCUCAUGCCAUUCUUCCCAUAGCUGCUGUCGAAGCGGAAUAUUCCAUGUGGUCACGUGAGAUUGAGGAGAACGGUGUCCUUUCAACUUGCAAGAGUUUGAAUAUUCCUAUUAUUGCCUACAGCCCCUUUGCUCGUGGAUUACUUACGGGUGCCGUCAAGACAAAAGAUGAUUUAGAAAAUAUUGCAAAAUCUUUUCCUUUCUUACAAUUCUUAGAUCGUUUUCAGCCUGAGAUAUUUGAGAAAAACCUCAUUUGUCUUCAAGCUUUGGAAGCGCAGGCCAAGUCUUACAACCAAACGCUUUCUGAAAUGGCUUUGAGCUUUUUGAUCACAGUAGGUGAAGGCAACAUUAUCCCCAUUCCGGGAGCCACGAAUGCACAACGCAUUGAGCAAAACUUGAAGGCUGCUUCCAAACCUUUAUCUGCAACCCAAGUCAAGGAAAUCUAUGCUACUUUGGACAAGUUUCCAGUUGCGGGCUAUCGUUAUAAUGAACAGAUGGAACCUACACUUUCUGUCUAAAAUUUUCACGACUACCAUUGUACGAUACAAGCUUUACUAAUAUAUUGAAUCUUUACAUUUUUAUUAAAGA